CCCUGGGCGCCUCAGUUCCGUGGAUGCGCUCGCGCCUCAAGAAUAGGCCUAAGCCCUGCCAGUCUGGUCGUCAGCACCGCACUCAUAUCCCGCCCCUGCGCCCAUCGCACAGGAAAAAGCAGAUUCCUCCAACGGCUGCACUGCAGCGACUCCGACCGACGUGCAGAACCGCUGCACUCUACACUCUUUAUCGUCGCUUGUUAUCGCGCCGUUGCGCUUAUCCACCAUGACGAUAGACGACGACAUGUACGGCACCGAGAAGAGUUUUGGAAGAGCCUCGCAAGGGUCCGACUACUAUGGCGAAUCAUCACGGUACCAGGACGGUCUGGGGAGGAGGGUCAUCGAGAGCUUCAAGCGGGACCCGAAUUUCGCCAUGACUAUGACGCCAAAGGGAAGCAUGGGGGCCGACGGGAACGUCUUCGAUCCAGAAGCCGCGGCGGCGAACACGGCAAACUCACCACUUGCGCGGAGACUAAAAGGUCGCCAUCUGCAAAUGAUAGCAAUUGGAGGUUCCAUAGGUACCGGCCUAUUCGUCGGCUCAGGGCAAGCGCUAGCAAAUGGUGGUCCAGCAUCGCUCGUCAUCUGCUACUGCCUUGUAGGUAUCAUGUUGUACACCACCGUGCACGCACUGGGUGAGAUGGCAGUACUCUUUCCCGUCGCUGGUUCCUUCUCGGCAUACUCGACGCGCUUCCUGGACCCCGCAUGGGGCUUUGCCAUGGGUUGGAACUAUGCCCUCCAAUGGCUUGUCGUACUACCACUGGAAAUCGUCGCUGCUACCUUUACAAUCGAGUACUGGAACGGUGACAAGGUCAACAACAACGCUUGGGUGGCCGUCUUCUUGGUCUUGAUCGUCGUCAUCAAUCUUUUCGGUAUCAAAGGGUAUGGUGAAGCCGAGUUCGUCUUUGCUAUCAUCAAGAUCACAGCAGUCAUUGGCUUCAUUAUCCUGGGAAUCAUUAUCAACAUAGGCGGAGGUCCAGAUGGAGGCUACAUUGGCGGCAUGUAUUGGCGCGAUCCAGGCCCAUUCAACAACGGCUUCAAGGGUCUCUGCAGCGUCUUUGUCAACGCCGCGUUUGCCUUUUCAGGAACUGAGCUCGUCGGUCUUGCCGCAGCGGAAACAGCCAAUCCACGCAAGUCCCUUCCUACCGCUGUUAAGCAGGUCUUUUGGCGUAUCUCGCUGUUCUACAUCGUCUCCCUGACUAUCGUCGGAUUGCUGGUUCCCUACAACGACGCGCGUCUGCUCCAAGACAAGAACUCUGCCGAUGCUGUCGCCUCACCCUUCGUCAUCGCUAUCCAGAACGCGGGUAUUCAGGGGCUGCCGUCUGUUUUCAAUGCCGUUAUCAUGAUUGCUGUUCUGUCAGUCGGCAACUCUUCCAUCUACGGUUCCUCGCGCACGCUCGCUGCACUUGCUGAGCAACAUCAAGCUCCCAGGAUCUUCGCCUACAUCGACCGCCAGGGUCGCCCUCUCGUUUCCAUUGCUUUUGCUUCCUCCCUCGGUCUCCUCGCUUUCCUUGCCGGCGCAGAUCGUAAGCUACAAGACGCCGCCUUUAACUGGCUGCUUGCACUGUCUGCUCUCUCAGCGGUCUUCACCUGGCUGUCCAUCUGCCUAGCUCAUAUCCGCUUCCGUCAAGGGUGGAAGGUGCAAGGACACAGCCUGGACGAGCUCGCCUUCCGCUCUCAACCUGGUCUCAUCGGAUCCUACGUCGGCCUCAUUCUCAACAUCCUCGUUCUCAUUGCACAGUUCUACGUAUCCGUCGCUCCAAUCGACAUGGACGUGCUUACAACAUCACAACGUCUCCAGCGUUUCUUCAGCGUCUACCUUGCGCUACCAGUUACCCUUGCCUUUUACUUCCCCUACAAGUUCUGGUUCCGCACCUCGGUCGUGCGUUCGCAUAAUAUGGAUCUCGUCACCGGCAUCCGCGAGCUCAACAUCCAGGCACUGAUAGAAGAGGAGCGCGAGGAGAAGAGGAAGUGGCCAAGGUGGAAGAAGGUGUACAAGUUCUUUUGCUGAUAGACGCCCUACGACAACAUUCCCUUUUUUCCUGUUCUUUUAGCGAUGGCGCUACACGUUCUUCUUUUCGCGGUGCUCCUUUGUGAUACCAGGCGGCAUGCUAUCUAGCAUUGCGCAGCCUUGCGAUUUGUAUUCUCUUUCUUCCUGUAUGUUUACUGCUGGUUAGUAUUAAUAGACACAGCAUAGUGUCUGCAUGCAUCUGUAGGAUUGCAAGAAUAGAAGAUGAGCUUAACACCCAGAGUGUGAAGAUAGACAGUGCCUCCUAGGUUGCAAGCAGAACAAGCAUGAAAUUUUGGGGUAUUGCAACAUUACUUACCCCACCCUCGGCGUUCUGAGGUUUCGAAGCCUGAAGAA